AUGAAGUACCAAAACAUUGCCUCUAUGGGCCUUGCCCUCCUCGGCAGCGCAGCUACUGUCUCUGCCAGCCCGCUGGUCCUUCGUGGAAACUCUGGAGUUUGCCCUAAGGGAUACUCGCCGACUGUUAUCACCAUGUCUGUGCCUAUUACCGCCACCUCAACCCCAGUGGCUAUUGAGGAACCUACAAGCACUCCUUCGACGCCCGCGCCCGUCACCGAGACGCAGACUCCUGUUCAGAUUAUGACCACUACACCUGUCGGAUAUGUGGCUGCUAUCCCGUCUUCCGUGACCCCAAAAACUGAGGCUUCAGUUCUCGAGACUACUGAGGCUUCAGUUCCUGAGACUACCCAGGCUGCUGUGGUUAUCAUCACAUCGUCUUCCCAGGCCCCCGUUGUUCAUGCGGCAGUUCCGACUACCUCUUCCGUGGUUGAGGAGGCUACCACCUCUCAAAGCCCCGUUGCUCAGUCAAAUCAGGCUUCUUCAUCUUCCUCCUCUUCCUCUUCGGGUGGAUCAUCCGGCGAAGCUACUUUCUACGGCGGAAACGUCGCGGGUGGUACUUGCUCGUUCUCGGGAUACACACUUCCCAGCAACCUCUUCGGAACUGCAUUCUCCGGCGCUGUUUGGGACAAUGCAUCCAAGUGCGGAUCUUGUGUUGCCGUCACCGGACCCAACGGCAAGACCAUCAAGGCCAUGAUCGUGGAUCAAUGCCCCGAAUGCGCAGAAGGACACUUCGAUCUCUUCCAGGAUGCUUUCGCUGAACUCUCCGCCAUUUCAGCCGGUGUCAUCGACAUCACUUACUCUGCCGUCUCCUGUGACCUCGAGGGUCCCCUGAAGCUCAAGAACAAGGAGGGUACUUCUGAGUACUGGUUCUCGAUGCAGGUGGUCAACGCCAACGAGCCUAUCACCAAGCUUGAGGUUAGCACUGAUGGCGGAAGCAGCUGGCAGAGCACUACCCGGACAAGCUACAACUAUUUCGAGAACAGCUCUGGCUUCGGUACUGACAGUGUCACUGUCCGUGUCACAGGCGAGUCUGGAACUACUGUCGUCGUUAAGAACGUGGGCUGUGAGUCUGGUUCGGAGAUUACUGCUGGCUCGAACCUGUGA